AUGUCUGCUGGAAGUCUUGAGUUUCAAGAUAAGUUGAGUCAGCAGAUACUGGAGUUAUUUGAAGCAUGUCAGCAGCAAGUAAGUGAUUUAAAGAAGAAAGAACUCUGUGGAACAGAACUUCAGAGAGAAAUUCAACUGUUAUUUCCACAAAGCAGACUUUUUUUAGUUGGGUCGUCUUUAAAUGGAUUUGGUACUCGGAGCAGUGAUGGUGACUUAUGUCUAGUUGUUAAAGAGGAACCAGUAAAUCAGAAGACUGAAGCACGGCAUAUACUCACCUUAGUCCACAAACACUUCUGUACUAGACUUUCUAGUUACAUUGAGAGACCUCAGUUGAUUCGAGCAAAAGUGCCAAUUGUGAAGUUCAGGGAUAAAGUCAGUUGUGUGGAGUUCGACUUGAAUGUAAACAAUAUUGUUGGAAUAAGAAACACAUUCCUUCUCAGAACUUAUGCAUACCUUGAAAAUCGAGUUCGUCCGUUAGUACUGGUGAUUAAGAAGUGGGCCAGUCACCAUGAUAUAAAUGACGCCAGUCGUGGUACUUUAAGCAGCUAUAGUCUUGUACUGAUGGUUUUGCACUAUUUACAAACCUUACCUGAACCCAUCCUUCCAUCCAUCCAAAAAAUUUACCCAGAAUCUUUUAGUCCUUCUGUACAGUUGCACCUUGUACAUCAAGCGCCAUGUAGUGUUCCUCCUUACCUCUCAAAGAAUGAAUCAAACCUUGGGGACCUCUUACUGGGCUUUCUGAAAUACUAGGCUACAGAAUUUGACUGGAAUAGUCAGAUGAUUUCAGUUCGUGAAGCCAAAGCCAUUCCCAGGCCUGAUGGUAUUGAAUGGAGAAGUAAAUACAUCUGUGUAGAAGAACCUUUUGAUGGAACAAAUACAGCAAGAGCUGUGCAUGAAAAACAGAAGUUUGAUAUGAUCAAGGAUCAGUUUUUAAAGUCAUGGCACAGAUUGAAAAACAGAAAAGAUUUGAACAGUAUACUACCUUUAAGAGCUGCUAUCCUGAAAAGAUAACUGGCCUCUAUUUCUUAAUAAAGAACAGUAGUUACAUCAAAAAAAUAAAUAAAUAAACAGUCUUGAGUUUCA